UUUUAUUUUACUCUCCUUGGGCAGCUGGUGUAGGGGCAUCCACCACCACAUGGAGAGGGAAACCUAAUUUGGCAGAUGAGAUCAAUGAUGUGGAGAGUGGAGCAUCUCAGACAAACAAUGUGGUACAAGUAAGGAGCCACCUGAAGAGGAUAAUCAAGCAGCUGGUUCUUCUCAAAAUGCUAAAGAGCCAGAAUCGAAGAAUCAAGGGGCUCUCUGAAUUAGCCCACAAAUACCAGAAGAUGCUGUCACUUGGAGGUCCUUUGGAUUUCUCCAUUUCUCCUGCAGGGACAAGUGCCACCUCUGAGGAUCCUCCAAGGUCAACAGAAAGCGUGGCUGCUGAGCCUAUCUUGGUCAUUGAGGAGGUUGCUAUAGACAAGGAGGCUGUAGUCUAUCCUUCCGCUGGAGCAUCCCUAGAGUCUUCAUCUUCAGAUCUGGAUGAAGCCCUUAGCCUGAAAGGCCUGCCCCGGCGGUUUCAGAUGCCUGCCCCCAAGACGCUAUGUAGACCAUCAGCUUUGAGAUGGAUCAAACCCUGCUGCACCCGAUCCUGUAAUGAGACACUGGAGCAUGUCAUCACCAUCCAUUACUCAGAAUGCCAGAAAUCAUAUUCUAUACUGAACUGACUGGACUGACACAGAUUCCAGAUGUUCUGAAGAUAAUGAAAGAAGCUUUGAAGACAUAGAUCUA